UACUGACAGGCAAAGGAAACUCCCCAAAAGACCUACCCACCAUAGGGGCCACUCUUGAAGUAUGGGCAAAUAUAAAUCCAAUGCGCCACUUCACACCGACACCUUCGCCACGAUUCCCGAUUGCUCAUAACCCAAGAUUUCCAGCAGGCAGGGACAUCAGGAAUAUGAGUAAGACCAUACCUAACCCGGGCGACGGAAAUAUAACACUACGAGACCUAGUCACUAGGGACGGACUAUUACCACUGACUGACCUUGCGGACACACACUAUCCAACCAUGACUCAAACAUUCCAAUAUCAUCAGCUAAAACAUUUUUUACAUAAAGAAGGACUCUUACACUGGCAGCCAAGAGAAGAGACCCAAUUUGAAAAACUCUGCUCCACGCCGCCGAAAACCAAAAUAGUAUCUAAGUGUUAUCAACUAAUCCAAGAAUGUACGAACAACUCUCUCCCGUGGUUCACUGCAAAACACCAACAAUGGUUGUCAACCCCGUGGGAAGAAAAAAAAUGGCAUACUACCUUCACUAAAAUUAUGAAAUCACACUCUAGCAUAACAAUACAAGAACCAAAUUUUAAAUUUCUUUCCCACUGGUAUAUAACACCUGUAGACGCCAACAAAUACGAUACCAAUACCUCACCGCUAUGUUGGAGGUGUCUGCAAGAACGAGGCACAUACCAACACAUAUGGUGGUCGUGUAACAGAGUAGUGGGGUUCUGGAGAGAAGUGGCGAGGAUUACAGGCAAACUUAGUGGCACAACUAUCCUAGCUACACCCGAAGCACUUCUUUUUUACAACAUCCCGGUAACUAUGCGCACGUUUCGAAACUCAGUAAUACUGUACUUCCUUACCGCAGCUAAAGUAGUAAUAGCAGGGCUCUGGAAAACUAGCAAAAGACCGUCAAGGAGAGAAUGGUUCAGGAGAAUUGAUGAUAUAUAUAAACUGGAGGAACUAAGGAUGUCUACAAUAGGGAAAUCACAGCUGUGCCAAACAAUGUGGGAACCAUGGAAAGCUUAUCUCAAAAAUUAUACUUAG